AUGACACGCUUUCCCAACGUUGUCGGGGUAAUUGAUUGCACCCAUGUUUCGAUAAAGAAGCCAUCGGCCAAUCCAGAGGAUUACAUUGGGAGGAAAGGAAUUCCUACAAUAAAUGUUCAGGCUGUAUGUGAUGCCUCAUAUAGGAUUACAUCAGCAGUAGUGAUGUGGCCAGGGAGGACACACGAUGCACGAAUCUGGCGCCAAUGUGCACUCCGAAGGAGGUUUGAAGACGGUGAUAUGCAUGGGUUUUUACUUGCUGACAGUGGGUAUGCCUGUACAAGGUAUAUGUUAACCCCCUACAUGAAUCCUGUGGGAGAGGCACAGGCACGUUACAAUGGGGCACUGUGUCGCACAAGGGUCACUGUUGAGCAAACCUUUGGAAUUUUGAAGCAACGAUUUCAGGUACUUCGGAGGAAGUUGAAUUGUUAUCCAGAAAGGGCAUGUAUGCAUAUCAGAAACUGCAUCACAUUGCACAAUCUGGGGAUCGAUCGGAGGGAUAUCGUUGCUGUUGACCCAAUUGAACCCAAUGAUAACCCCCAUUAUCAUAGAGUUGAUGUUGGGGACAACAUGGAUGGGAGGGCCGCCAGGGAGUACGUGACCAGAAUGUACUUUGAGCGAUAG